AGGGUCUUGCUCUGUCAUCCAGGCUGGAGUGCAGUGGCGAUCAUAGCUCACUGUAGCCUUAACCUCCUGGGCUCAAGUGAUCCUCCCUCCCCAGCCUCCUGAGUAGCUAGAAUUAUAGGCACGCAACACCAUGUCUGGCUAAUUUUUGUAGGUGUUCUUUGGUAGAGAUGGGGUCUCGAGAUGUUGCCUAGGCUGGUCUCAAACUCGUGGCUCUAGUGAUCUUCUUGCCUAGGCCUCUCAAAGUUCUGGGAUUACAGGAAUGAGCCACUGCACCAGACCUCAAACUGCUGUAACACUGGUAGUGACCUUGGACUUUUUCCUGAGGAGUCACUGUAAAUUUUUAAGUGGAGUAGUGAUUUCAUCCGACUCAUUUAACAUCAGCAUGGAGGACUGCUUUAGAGUAGUCAUUCCAAAAUGCUGUCUGAAGAUGCAAAAGUUUCUGAAGAAGUUUCCCCUGUGUCGUAAAUUCAGUUAAAAUGAAAAAAAAAUAAUAAUAGGGCAAUAUAGUAAGUCCUUUAAAUAUCUAAAUUUGUUCAACUUGCCUGUAUUCUCUGGUUAUUCCUUCUCUGCCUUUGGGGUUUCAAAUCCUCUUUAUUUAAUAAGACACUGGUGUUAAUAGAUGGUAGUAGUAGGUUUGUUUGUUUGUUUGUUAAUGCUUGAUAAAAUAAAAAGUUGGCAUCUUUUUUUAAAAGAUAUUCCAGAUUUUUUUGAAAAUAAAUGGAUCUUUGAAAUCUCAAGGUCUAGGAACCACUGGCAGAAAUAUGCCUUUGUGUGUGUGUUUGUUUUUUUCCAUAGUACACAUUCCUUGGCCCCUGGGGAAGAAUUCAAGUGUAAUGAAGUUGGCACAGGCAUAUGUAUUUUGAAAAAGCUCCCAAGUCCUUUAGAGAUGCUUCUUUGGUUUACAAUCCCUGGUUUGGAGGAGAGUUGGGAAAGAUCUGGUAUUCAGCAAUGAAGAAAACCUUGAAGAAACCAGGACAUGAGAAGACAGGAAGGGUGAAUGUGAACAACAUUUUUCUUAUAUGGAAUUAAUAGGACUCAAGGAUGCGAAGAUGGUCCUUGCCAAAGAUAUAAGCAAAGCUGGGGUUCAGGAGGAGGCUCCAGAUCAUUAGCUGGGAGAAUGACCCUGCUUUACUGUGCGUGAAAGGGAUUUCCUUCUACAUGAGGUUCCCAUCCUUCUAUCUUGUUCCCAAGAAUUAAUUCUUCUUAAGAAGUCAACAGACAAAGGGAAGACUUUUGUGAAGAAUGAGGUAAACAUUCAGGAUACAAAGUCUAAUGUAGAAUUCUAGAGUAGAUGGUGCUUGGUUUCCAUGCAGUAUCUGCCACAAACUGAAGUAUUAAUAUUUUCUGAUUUUAAGAAUGCAAGUAAAUAAAGAAAACAAGAGAGUGGAUGUGAUAUGGUUUGGCUCUGUGUCCCCACCUAAAUCUCAUGUUGAAUUAUAAUCUCCAAUGUUGCGGGAAGGACCUGGUGGGAGGUGAUUGGAUCAUGGGGGAGGGAUGGAGGGAUUUCCCCCAUACUGUUCUUGUGAGAGUGAGUUCUCAAAAGAUCUGGCUGUUUGAAAAUGUGUAGCACGCCUCUCCUUUGCUCUCUCUCUCCUGCCAGCCAUGUGAAGAACUGCUUGCUUCCCCUUGCCUUCAGCCAUGAUUGUAAGCUUCCUGAGGCCUCCCCAGAGGCAGAAGCCUAUAAAGCCUUCUGAACCAUGAGCCGAUUAAACCUAUUUUUUAAAUAAAUUACCCAGUCUUUAUAGUAGUGUGAGAACACACUAAUACAGGGUGUCUGUGACUUAAGACUUCUGCUAAGUGGUUAGAGCCUCUGAGAACUCCAAAUGGCCAAGCGACAUAUUGUUGAGUCCUCUGAGGGCAGAAGUCUGUCUCCUUCUACUUUAUCUAGGUUAUGUUGCUAAAGCACCAAAAAGUAAUUGGUAUUUGUUGAUUGAGGUUUUUGUUCUUUCACCAAACCAGUCAACCCUUUUGGAAAUAUAAUUUUAUAUUUUAAAACUUCAGAACUAUUCUGUAUUCUUUAAUCUUUCAGGGUCUCUAUUACUGUUCUUUGUAGUAGAAAUGAUUUGGACUAGUUCUGAGUUGGCUGAUUUAGAAGACAAGAAAUAAGUGCUGAUUCUUCAUUCAUUCAACUUAUCAAAUAUUUUAUUGACACCUAUGAUGAGCCAUUAACUGAAUGUGGAAUGUGAAGAAAAGGAAAGAAUUCAGGCGGAUACUAGCAUCGUUCACCUAAGCAACUGGAAAGGAAGAAAAGUUCUAAUGCUCUAUUGUUGCAUAACAAACCAUCUCAAAACUAAGUGGCUUAAAAGAACAUUUUUUUGUUAUUUCUCAGGAUCCUUUGGGUUGACUGAGCUAAGCUCUGCUGUUCUUGCUUGAGGCAAGACCAGAACUAGAGAAAGGUGAGUGUAGUGUCUAAAGUACAAAAUUUAAGGAGGCACUCACUCUUGGAGUCUUGGAGCCCAAUUAUGAAGGUCAAUACCUCCUUACAUUUUGCACCAAAAUGCCUCACUUGCUUCAUGCUGAUCUUGACCCUGGCUUGGGGUCUCUCUCAUGUGUCUUCAAUAGGAUGGCAGCUAGAGCUGGAGUCAUCUGAAGGUUCAACUGGGCUGGACAUCCAAGUUAGUGUCUCCACUCACAAGUCUGGUGCCUUCUUCACUCACAUAGCUGAAACAGCAGGGAGCUGGCCAGGCAUCUCUUUCCUUCUCCAUGUAUCCUCUACACAUAGUAAGCAUGGGCUUCCUCACAGCAUGUGAGUCUGAAGGUGGUCCAGAUGUCUUACGUGGUGACUGACUUCUCCAGAGCAAGUAUUCUAAGAGGCCUGAUAAGGUUUGGCUCUGUGUUCCCACCCAAAUCUCAUCUUGUAGCUCCCAUAAUUCCCACAUAUUGUGGGAGGGACCCAGUAGGAGAUGAUUGAAUCAUGGGGGUGGAUCUUUCCCAUGCUGUUUUCAUGACAGUGAAUGGGUCUCACGAGAUAUGAUGGUUUUAAAAACAGGAGUUUCUCUGCACAAGCCCUCUCGUUGCCUGCUGCCGUCCAUGUAAGAUGUGAUUUGCUCCUCCUUGCCUUCCACCACAAUUGCGAGGCCUCCCCAGCCAUAUGGAACUGUAAGUCCAGUAAACCUCUUUCUUUUGUAAAUUGCCCAGUCUUGGGUACGUCUUUAUCAGCAGUGUGAAAACGGACUAAUACAAGGCCCGAGUAGAAGCUGCAAGGCUUCUUGUGAUCUAGCCUUGGAGGCCCCAGAAUGUCAGUCACUUUCACUAUGUCCUAUUGGUCAAAGUCAGUAAGGCCUACCCAAGACUCAAGGGGAAGGGGAUUAUACUCUGCCUUUUGAUCUGAGUACUAAGGAUGUAAAGGUAGGGAGAAAACUGAUGGAGACCAAUUUUGGAGGGUAUCUACCACAGUAAGCUCAGUAAACAAACAGGUUUUGGGGAUGGAAAAUUAGAAGUGCUCUUGGGGAAGCUUAAGUUUGAGAUGUCCUUGGAAUCAAGUGAAUAUAUACAUAUGGAGAUCAGAGAAAGACUGAGAUUGAAAACAUCAAAUUAGGAGAUGCAAUUUAAAAUCAAGGCACUAGAUGUGGUUACCUAAGGAGUUGAGAGACAGAAGGAGCCACCAGGCAGUAAAAUGAGAGAACAGGGGAGUGUGGAGUUUUGGAAGCCAAAAUUUUAGAAAGCACUUUGAAAAGAAGGAGGUGAUCAGUCAUGGCCAAUGCUGCUGAAACGUCAAAUAAACUGAGGACUGAGAAGUGACCAUCGGGUAGAGCAAGGUUUUGGUCACUAGUGACUCUACAUAAUCGAAUGGAACUCGAUUAUAUAGAGUGAAUAGAGUGGGGAAAGUGAGUAAAAGCAAGAUUUUCAAGUUUUCAUGAAAAUGGGAUAGCGACUGAGUAGGGACGUGGAGUCUAGAAGGUUUUACUAUUUUUUUUUUAAGAUAGGAGACAGUAUAGCCCAUUGUGGUGAAUGGAAAUGACACAGUAAAAAAGUGGGCUGAGAACCCCUCAGGCUUGCAAUGCUGAUGCUAUGUGACUGGCAUGCAGAGGUCCCCAAAGCAUGCAGAGCUCUUGGGUCUCCCUUAAACCCCACUGAGAGCUGUAUCAAGGCCAAGGUGGGGCAAGUGUUACCAAAAACACAACAACACAGAAAAGAAACAUGUUAACUUCCAGAGCAGUGGUUCUCAAAGUUUGAGAGCAGCAUUCCUAAGAACUUGUUAGAAAUGCAUAUUCCUGGGGCCCACCAGUCCAACUGAAUCAGAAACUCCAAAAACUAGGGAUCUGAGUUUUCGGAUACGUGCUAAGAUUUGGGUCCCACUAUUCUAAAGGAAUUCAACAAAAAUUCAAGUAAAGAUGAAACUGAGUGCUGACUUUGUUCCUUAUGGGCCUAAAAUAACAAAGCUUUAAAGACAAGAGGGGCUUUUUCAAUUGUCUAAUUGGCUUCGAACCUUAUCUGUGAGGGAUCCCAGACACAGAGAAGGUGUCUGAGUUGUCCAAGUCUUCCAGGCCGGACUGAGAGGACAACUCCAAAUAAUAGAAAAAAAAAGAGACAGCGAGCCAGGGAUAUGGUUGUUUUGAUGUGCCAUGAAGUUGCAGCCUUUCUGGAUUUUUUUUAGUAUCGAUUUAUAUUGCUGUUUGUCUACUAAUACUCAAAUCAGAGCAAGACGGUCCGCCUUACCUCAAUCUGGCUCUUUUAAGGUUUGAUUUUGGUUUUGGGGACUGCAGAGGUGCAGCUUCCCACGGCAGACCAAGCGCCUCUGAGGAACGCAGCAGCCUCAGCAGGCACAGGAAGAUUUCCCGCAGCCGGAGGAAUCUCCUAGUGCUGGGCCUCCGGCUGUGACUUUUGCCAUUUCAAAUUCACUUGGCCUCUAGGGAGAGGCGGACAGCCCGACGCUGAGCGCUUCGGAGCCCUGGCUCCCUCUGUUUCUGGAGAGGAGACUUAGCCUUAAUUUUUGUGACAAAUGGAGUUGAUAGUCUCUCCACGGAAAGGGGAGGAAAAAAGCGCCAGUUUUUGACAGGCCGAAGACCCCCGCUGCCUCUGGUGGCCGAAAGCUGCGUUGCGCCCCAGUUAAGGUAGCUCGGAAACUCCCGCGCCGAGAAGCAGAGGUUUCCUCUGCAGAGCAGCCUCCCUUAAAUGUAGUGAGGGGCUGAAACUUAACACUUUAAUAUAAACCUUUGGUGCGUGCCCAUUUAUCCCCUUCUUCUGUCUUGUGACUGCGGCCAGGUGGUACUUGCUCGACAUUCCUGAAUAUUUUUAAUGCUAUUUAAAUUUUUUCAUUACUGCACGUGUUGCAAGCUUAUCUUCCUAAGAAAUUAUUUCGGUUGAUUGGAUUUCGGUCUUGCAAUUUGAAAACGAUGCCUGGCGUACGGGCGUUACCUGCCAGAUGGCCUAGCUGGGGCUGGGGAGUGGCGGGCGGGUUGUAAGCAUCUCAUCAACAUCUCCCUAAUAAAGUGUGUGCUUCUUUCUUGUAUGCUUCUUUAAAAAAGUUUCAGUCUCACAUUUUAUCUCUGGAUUCUCCCCUUCCCCUCUGUGGUGAUCGAGACGCAAAGACCGGGAGCCUGGAAGAUAAACUGAGUUCUGAAUCCAGUCGAAAGCACAGAUGGGGGCCAGCGAGAAUUAAUAAAACUAAAAAAAAAAAAAAAGAAAGAAAGAAAAAGAAAAAAGAACCAAACAAAAAAGGCCCGUGGCAGAGCCGGAUGCAAACAGCUGCCCCUAAGCCCUGCCCGCUGGUUCUGUGCGCGAGCUGGGGCUGCAUAACCGAGCCUCCUUAAGAGUAGGAGGAGCUCCGGGCCUCCGUCAGGCUCCCUAAGCCGUUCCUUUCAAGCCCUGAAUGCCUGAAUGUGAGCUGCCCACCACCCUCCCGCCCUCCCCCACUCCGCAACCCCACUCCAGCGGCUCGUAAAAAAAAAAAAAAAAAAAAAAAAAAAAAAACUUUCAACAACAACAGGCAGGACCAAUAGCAUCUCGAAAAGCCGGGAAAGGGGGCCGAGCAAAGGGCGAAAGAGAGUGGAGAAAGGAGAAAGCGGGCAGGCUCGGAGCGCGCGGGGCCGGGGCUCGGCGAGCCGGAGGAGCGUUGCUAAUGUUUUUGUUUGUUUGCUUUUCCAUGCAUGCAUAAUGAGGGGGCAUCGCGGCACCACGCGGGGGCUCCCGGCCCACUUUUGUAUUUAAAGCCUCGCUGCUAACGAGUCUGCAGCCGGGCUCAGCGGAUCCGGUCCCCGGGCUCUUGGUCACCCGAGAAGCCGCCGCCGAGUGAAGCCAGGGAGCCGCUCUCUGGCAGCACCGACUUUCUUGUUCUCCCCGCGCCUCCCGGAAAGAGCUCCCCGGAGCUCGGCGGAGUCCGGGGUUGCCGCCGGCGGAGGGGGAGGGGACGCGGGGCGGCCGGGCCGCGGGAAGGCGGGCAGCGCGCGGACGCCGGGCCAGGAAGCGGCGCGAUGCGAGAGAUCGCGGCGGCGGUGGCGGCGGUGCGGCACUGAGCCCAGGAGGAAGGAGCCGCCGCGGCCGCAGCGCGAGCAGCCGGCGCGGGGACAGCCGGCCGCACAACGGAUCUGCAGGCGUGGAGCAAAAUGCACUCGCCGCGCCGCGCGGUCCUGCAGCCCCGCCACGGCCCCACGGCCCGCACCCCCCCGGGGCGACAGUGAGCCUCUCCCGCCACCACCGGGGGCCGAGCGGAGGGCUCUCGUGUGGGAUAGCGGGACCAGAUCUCGGCAGCUGUUCAUUUCCAGGAAGCCACCGCAGCCGGAGCGAAAGGGGACCUUCUGCCACCAGCGGGGCAUCAGCCAGCGGCGCGCAUGGAUUUAUGAAGACACUCAUGCAAGAAGUGGGCAGGACUUGGACAAACUUUUCCACCGGCUCCGCGUCCGCCGCUCCCCGCGCCUCGUCUCCUUUCCCCUCCUCUCCCGGCGGCCGCCGCUGCCCGCGAUGGUGGCCGCGCUGCUGGGCGGCGGCGGCGAGGCCCGCGGGGUGACCGUGCCGGGCGCCUGGCUGUGCCUGAUGGCGCUGCUGCAGCUGCUGGGCUCGGCGCCGCGGAGCUCGGGGCUGGCGCACGGCCGCCGCCUCAUCUGCUGGCAGGCGCUGCUGCAGUGCCAGGGGGAGCCGGAGUGCAGCUACGCCUACAACCAGUACGCCGAGGCGUGCGCGCCGGUGCUGGCGCAGCACGGCGGGGGCGACGCGCCCGGGGCCGCCGCCGCCGCUUUCCCGGCCUCGGCCGCGUCCUUUUCGUCGCGCUGGCGCUGCCCGAGCCACUGCAUCUCGGCCCUCAUUCAGCUCAACCACACGCGCCGCGGGCCCGCCCUGGAGGACUGUGACUGCGCGCAGGACGAGAACUGCAAGUCCACCAAGCGCGCCAUUGAGCCGUGCCUGCCCCGGACGAGCGGCGGCGGCGCGGGCGGCCCCGGCGCGGGUGGGGUCAUGGGCUGCACCGAGGCCCGGCGGCGCUGCGACCGCGACAGCCGCUGCAACCUGGCGCUGAGCCGCUACCUGACUUACUGCGGCAAGGUCUUCAACGGGCUGCGCUGCACAGACGAAUGCCGCACCGUCAUUGAGGACAUGCUGGCUAUGCCCAAGGCGGCGCUGCUCAACGACUGCGUGUGCGACGGCCUCGAGCGGCCCAUCUGCGAGUCUGUCAAGGAGAACAUGGCCCGCCUGUGCUUCGGCGCCGAGCUGGGCAACGGCCCCGGCAGCAGCGGCUCGGAUGGGGGCCUGGACGACUACUACGAUGAGGACUACGAUGACGAGCAGCGCCCCGGGGGCGCGGGUGGUGAGCAGCCGCUGGACGACGACGACGGCGUCCCGCACCCACCGCGCCCGGGCAGCGGCGCUGCUGCAGCGGGCGGCCGCGGGGACCUGCCCUAUGGGCCCGGGCGCAGGAGCAGCGGCAGCGGCGGCCGCUCGGUGCCCCGGGUCGCCUGGACCCCACUCGCCUCCAUCUUGCUGCUGCUGCUGCUUGGGCCGCUCUUUUAGCCCUCGCGACCCCCGCCGUUGGCUGCGGGAGAGCCCGCGUCCCACUCCCGUGCUCGCCUCGCCCCCGCGCCGGGCACCUGUGGCUUGGGACAGAUAGAGGGGAUGGUUGGGGAUACUUCUCAAAACUUUUUCUAAGUCAACUUGGUGUAGCCGGUUCCCCGGCCACGACUCUGGGCACUUCCCCUGAAGCUCCUCUCCGGAGCUUGACUUCUUGGACCUCCUCCCUCGCCCCAAUUCCAAGCUCCGGAAACUCCCAACUCGUCUGCCGUCCAGAAACCUAGCUGCAGUGUUCAGGACGUCCGGGAGGAAGCGGGAAUGUGGGGGACAGAACAGUAGUGCUGGACUCGAAAGGGAAGGUGCUGACCAGUGGGGCCAUAGCAAUCUGAAGGGAUGGGAAGGAGGAAUUAUAUUUGCAAAGGGGCUGUCUGUUAGCAUAUUUCCUUUGAGGGGGGAAAAAAGUGCCAGUAUCGACUUUUAUAGAUUGUGGCCAGUGAGGAUAUUACAAUCCUAUGUAAACAGAAAAGUCCCACUUACCGAUUCAUUCUUUCACUGUUUGUAUCAGCGCCCAGAAUUCUCAGUGACGUGGGGGUGAGGGUGGGUGGCGAUUGCCUUAGAGGGAACCCCUAAAUUGGUUUUGGAUAAGUUUGAGCCCUUGACCUUAAUUUCAUUGCUACCACUCUGAUCUCAGCACAUUUCUUAGGAUUAAGGGUCCAAAAAUGCUGAUAUAAGGGGUUGCCAUGGUGUUGAACAAUGCAACUUUUUAUUUAAAAAAGCUCUGCACUGCCAUGUAUGAAAGUCUCUUUAUGAUGUUUGUUUUUUUGUCAUUUUUGUUCUUUACAUCAAGAAAUUUUAUGUUUAAAUAUGCGGAGAAUGUAUAUUGCCUCUGCUCCUAUCAGGGUUGCUAAACCCUGGUACAUCGUAUAUAAAAUGUAUUAAAACUGGGAUUUGUUACCAGUUGCUGUACUUUGUAUAUAGAAUUUUUAUAAAUUGUAUGCUUCAGAAGUUAAUUUAUUUUUAAAAAGAAAUUAAAAGUUUUAAACUCACAUCCAUGUUACACCUUUCCCCCCUGAAAUGUAUAGAAUCCAUUUGUCACCAGGAAUCAAAACCCACAGUCCAUUGUGAAGUGUGCUUUAUUUAGAACAGUCUUAAAAUGUACAGUGUAUUUUAUAGAAUUGAAGUUAACAUUCUUAUUUUCAAGAGAAUUUAUGGACGUUGUAGAAAUGUACAAAUGCAUUUCCAAACUGCCUUAAACGUUGUAUUUUUAUAGACAUGUUUUUUAAAAAUCCUAAGUUUUUAAAUAACUGUGGAUUUGUGUAUUUUUUUGGUUAUUUGUUUUAUUAAAACAUGUACAUCAGUAAAGAGUUUUAAACAAUGAA